AAACCUCUACAAUUUGCGAAUCGUGUUUUGGUUUGUUCUCGCGCAAUGGCACAGGGAAAAUUGAAAGUAAAAUCGAAAGCACCAAAUCUGAAGAAAGCUGCUAACAAGAAAAAGGGAACGGCAUUCAAUAAACGGAAAAAUGCACCCAUCCAGUCGAAGAAACACAAGUUCGAAGAGGCACACAAACUGAAGCAAGUUAUUACCAAAACAGUCAACAAGAAGAACGAGGAUGAUAUACGGAAGAUUGCGUACGAAGGUCAGACAAACCUUAGUCAAGCGCAAUUAGCUGUGCAGGAACAUCAUCGGAAGCAGAAUCAGAACGAUGGAGCUGAGGCGGGUACUUCGAAAAAUAACUGAAGAAUACACAGUUGUUCUGUACCUAUACGGUCAUUCAAUUGGCUGAAAAAGGACAUAAUAUUGCUCACCUUACCAUCCAUCAAGUUGUUUACUAAUGUGGUUUUAUUUAAUAUUAAAGAACCAACCAUCUUCCUUACACAAGCGAUCGCUUUUGGUUUCGGAUAUCCCAGUAAUCCCUCGUGGUAGCAAGAUGCCCCGGAGGUAUGAUUAGAAGAAGGAUAUACAUUUAUACGCAGAUCAAACAAAAUCACGCCCAGCAAACAUGGGUGGGUGGCAUGUGAAUUGUUUUGUUCCUGAACAAACAAGAGAAGAAAACCAGCAAGAUAAUAGCGAAUAGUCUCACAGUAAUGUGUUUCU